AUGUCACACGCAAUCUUGCUCGUUCAGCCGAACAGAAAGCAGGAGUCUCGCAGCUACGCUGAUUUCGAGUCAGUCAACGAAGCUGUGGAGGCAAUCUGCAAAAUCUACGAAGAGCAGCUCAAGAAGGAGAAUGUCACGAUGAAACAGAUCACUUACGAUAUCAGCCAACUGUUCGACUACAUCGACAACCUCUCCGAUCUGUCGAUCCUCGUUUACCAAAGAACCUCCAUGUCCUAUGCUCCCUACAACAAAGACUGGAUCAAAGAGAAGAUUUACAUCAUGCUGCGAAAGCAAGCGGGCUUAUGA